AAAAUUGAAAUAAAUUGAAAAAAUAUUAUUAAAAAUCAUGCAUACAUUUUUUUUUAUGAUUGAGUUACUCAGUUAUCGUUAUUCGUUAUUUUGAUUUCUACAUGUUAACUCGUGUGUUGGCCGUUGAAAAUAUUAAUUGUAUUCAUUAACUAAUAACUGUAUUUGAAAUAUACAAUUUUCUUUUUCUAAUUUUGAUUUGUGGUUACUCAAUUUUAUAAAAUUGAAUUUAAGUAUUUUCUACAGAGCAACUGUUUUAAAAAAAUACAGUUAAUAAAUUAAAAAUUGAAUCAUGUUUGCAUUGUUUUUAAAAGAAAAUGGUAUUAUUAUUGGGAUAGUAAUUAUGUUUAUCUUGUGGUUAGUUCUUUUCAAAAGAAUUGCCAGAUUUUUUGAGAAAUUUAUUUCAAUGUAUUCAUCACACAAAUUCAAGUUACCGGAAGUAAAUAUUUUAUUUCACUCAUUGACUAGUGGAGUAUUUUGUUUCAUUAGUGUCCCAAUAUGUUUUUCGACAUUUAAACCUUCUACAUCAUCAGAUUCAUCCUUAAUGUACUGGUUACUGGAUUCAUUUCGCCAUAUGAUGGAUCGUUGUGCAACUACAGAAUCUGUGGAUCCAUCAAGAAAUUUUAAGUUUAUCAUACUCUAUUCAUGUUUAUUACACAGCGUUUACACAUCAUUUGCAAACAAUUUAGAAGAGCGACCAUUAUUAAGCACAUUAAAGAAAGGUGCUGUACUUAGUUUCUUUGCUUCUACAUACUGUUUUGGCUGUACAGAAGCAGGUUUUGUAUUCCUUGGGCUGUCUAAUUUAUCGCUUGGAACAUUAGAAGCUGCUAGACUUUUGAAAGUUUGUCAUAACAAAACAAAUAGUAUGUUGAUCAAAAUAUUAAGCUUUGGACAGUUUGUUGUACAUUGUGUUAUUUGGAUAUCAAUUUACUUGUUCUUGGUGCCAUUUGUUGUACUAUCCUCGGUCGAAGUGCUAACAAUGAAUAAUGAUAAUCGGCUACCACUAUCAAUCAUGUUGAUCAGUCUUCUAAUAUUUUACUUUAUUGAACUAAGAGACAGUCCAUUGAACAUGUCAACAACUAGUGGAAAUGGUAUAUUUAGGCUAUUUGAAUCCCCUAAAAGCUCACUAAUGGCUGCAAAUAACAGUAGCAAAAGGAAUCAAAAUAAACAGAAAUCAAAAGAGAACUUAUUAGUGUUGUACCAAACUACUAAAUGUGCUAUGGCAGUAAAGAAAAAAGUACAAAAAAUUCGACAAGAUAAACUAGGAACUAGAUUAUUAUCUGCAUCUGAAAUUAAACCAGAGCCCAUUGACGUGAUUGAAAUAUUUGAUGAUUGAAAUAUGGCUAAUAACCUAAGUUUACUUUAGUAUGUUUUUUUGAUAAUAAUAUGUAAAUAAUUAAUAAUAUCAAUAAGUUCUGUUACUGAUGUAAUUUUUAAUGUUUGUAAAUUAGAUGAUUCAUUCAUUUUAUUUUAUAUUGUUAUGUAUUAUAAUUUGUAAACUAAUUGAGAUGCAAAAUAUUUUAUUUUUAAACUUAAUUUAAUUUAAUUUUUUUUUUUAUUAUACGGAACAUAUUAGUUUAGAGACCUAUUAGUUCAUACAUUUAAAUAUAUAUAUUAUUUUAGUUAAUAUGUUUAAAUUACCUUCAUUUGUGUUGGCUUCCUUGUUAUUUUGUAUAUGAUUUUUCCAUUGAUAAAAAUGUAAGAGAUUACUUAUUCAGAAAAUAAUCAGAAUGUUUUCUAUUGUAUACAUUUAAGAAUUUGGUUUUAUUAACUUCCAUAUAACAUGAAGAGUACCUACUAUUUAAAUUUAAUAAUAAUAAAAAAAAAAAA